AUGUUCUAUGGACCAUAUGAAGAUGAGGAGCCUCUUUAUAGAAACCAAUUCCUGAAUUUUCCAAUCAAAGACAUAUUUUCAUCCUUUGGAAUGAAAUCUGGAUACUUCAAGGAGAUGUCCCAAGUGAUUGAUGAUAAAUACAAAAGAAGAGCAACAUACAAUUUCCUGAAGCUGCAUUCCAUCAAUGACAAGAGAUUUCAAGUGUCAGGAGAAAUGGAAGAUGCUAUUGAGGCAAAAAAUGAACAAGAUCUUGCAGCUAUUGAAAAUGAGUUCUCAGAAUUGAACCUGAGAGAGACAAUUUUCAAAAAUACUGGAUUUAUAGAUAUGUUAGAGGAUGAAUUAGCUUCAAAGGAAAUUUUGCUCAAGAAAAAUAUGGGAUAG